AUGUCUAACUCGCCGUUGAUUCGUUACGCUCUGCUUGAAGAUGUUCCACUAAUACUACAGUUCAUCAAAGAAGCCGCUGAAGAUCAAGCAACUGGCACUACUAUUGCUGCCUCAGAAGAUAGCCUCGCCAACACCCUGCACUUCGGCCCACCUUCCGAUGGCCCGGUUUCCUCAACCCGCUUUGCCUGGGCUAUUCUGAUAUACUCCCCAGCCGGCUCCCCAGCCGGACUCUUGAUUUAUUUCCAUAACUAUUCCACAUGGAAAGCAGCUCCGGGUGUCUGCUUGGAAGAAUUAUACGUCGUACCUGAAUAUAGACGUCACGGAUAUGGGCGUAUGUUGGUUGAGGCUAUGGCUUCUGCUGCGCAGAAAGCAGGAUGUGUCAAGAUGGAUUGGGUCUGUCUGCAGGACAAUCUUCGCGCUUUGAAUUUCUAUGAUAAACUGGGUGCAACUAAGAUGGAAGACUGGGCUGUGUUAAACGUUGACAAAAGCGGCAUGGAGGGGUUGGCAGCCGAUACAUGUAGGAUGUGGAUUUGGGGAUAA